UGCCUCCUUGAACAUCUCAUACUUUAAGCUUAUGGAGGAAAAAGACUGGGAAGCUUCUUCUUCGAGCGAAAACGAAGGUGGUUUUCCAAACGAUGAUGACGAAGAGUUUCAUUCUGGUGGUUCAGUGCCCAAGUUACAGUUCAGAGUAGGAUCUUCCAAGGCUCGUUGGAUUACUGAACUAGGAAUGGCGGAAGUUGAGGUUAAAAGGGGAAAACUUUGGACGACAACUGGAAUCAUUCGUAGUGGAAAGACAUAUUGCUUCAUAGAAGAGGCUCUGUAUUUGAGUGAAAUUGGAGAGUUACAGAUCUUAGGUAAUGAGGAUGACAUAGUGAUCCCAUUGAAGGACUUGUAUGAGAAAAUUGCAGAGGAGAAAAGCGGUUGCUCUUGGGAAAACUACGAGGUUUAUAGAUACUUGAAGGGUCUAGGUUACAUCCUAGGUAGGCAUGGAGUUUCUUGGACGUUAAAGGAUGCUGCAAGACCGAAUGGUGAAGAAGAGUCAGCUUGUGCUGGUGAAUGUCCUGCAGACAAUGAUACUGUAACUAAACUCUUGGGAGAUAUGCAGAUUUGUGAUGCAAAAGCGGUGUUUGACGUGUAUCUACCAAACAGCCGGUUCAAGAAGUCUUCUCCUGGUGAACCAAGCUUUGUGGCUUGCUUCUCGGGGGACUCUCCACCAAGCAAAGAAGAUAUUAAAGUCCUGCAAAAGCGCAUAGCUGCACCAUUAACAUUCUGUCAUAUCGCUCAGGGCCGUGCCAGUUUCUUUUCCUUCAGUUCUAUAGACCUCCCUGUCUUAUCAUAAAAUGUAACAAAAAACCGGAAUGAUCUUGUAUUCUUUUGAAAAAGUCGAAUCAAACUGAGAGUUUACAUACACUUGGAGUAACUUUGAUGAUGCGUAUUCAUGAGGUAUUAUGUGUAAAGGGUUCUAGGAAGAAUCUUAUAAGGGCUCAGGAAAAAAGAAAAAGGGAAAGACGAAAGCUUCUUUGAGUGAGAUUGUUUGUAUCCUCGCACAUAAAGAUCUAAGGAGCUCCAAGGUUUUUCAGGUCAUUUGCAUUGGCAAACCACGUGGGUACUAUUGUUGGCAGAUUUGGAUACAAGUCCCCGUAUGUUCCUUUUAUCGUGUUUUCUGCAACUCCAGUGGCUUCUAUUAGACCUGCAACUCAUUAUGUGUCAAUAUGUUAGAGAAAGAGAAGAGCUGAUCAGACUUUGCUUUAAGGGCU